AUGGGACGCACCCUGGCGGUCCCUACCCCAUAUGGCUGUAUCGGCUGCAAACUCCCACAACCGGACUACCCACCAGCUCUAAUCGUCUUUAUGUUCUGUGCAAUGGUCAUCACCAUCGUCGUAGACCUGAUCGGCAACUCCAUGGUCAUUUUGGCUGUGUCGAAGAACAAGAAGCUCCGAAAUUCUGGCAACGUCUUUGUGGUUAGCCUCUCUGUGGCUGAUAUGCUGGUGGCCGUCUACCCCUAUCCUCUGAUGCUACAUGCCAUGGCCAUCGGCGGCUGGGAUCUCAGCAAGUUACAGUGCCAGAUGGUGGGGUUCAUCACAGGCCUGAGCGUGGUUGGUUCUAUCUUCAACAUCAUGGCCAUCGCCAUCAACCGUUACUGCUACAUCUGCCACAGCCUCCAGUAUGAGCGCAUCUUUAGUGUGCGCAAUACAUGCAUUUAUCUGGCUGUCACCUGGAUCAUGACCGUCCUGGCUGUCCUACCCAACAUGUACAUUGGCACCAUCGAGUAUGAUCCUCGCACCUACACCUGCAUCUUUAACUAUGUAAACAACCCCGCCUUUGCUGUGACCAUCGUCUGCAUCCACUUUGUCCUUCCUCUGCUCAUAGUGGGUUUCUGCUAUGUGAAGAUCUGGACCAAAGUGCUGGCGGCCCGUGACCCAGCUGGACAGAACCCGGACAACCAGCUUGCUGAGGUUCGAAAUUUUCUAACCAUGUUUGUGAUCUUCCUCCUCUUUGCAGUGUGCUGGUGCCCUAUCAAUGCACUCACUGUUCUGGUAGCUGUCAGUCCGAAGGAGAUGGCAGGCAAGAUUCCCAAUUGGGUUUAUCUUGCAGCCUACUUUAUAGCCUACUUCAACAGCUGCCUCAACGCGGUGAUCUAUGGUGUCCUCAAUGAGAAUUUCCGAAGAGAAUACUGGACCAUCUUCCACGCAAUGCGGCAUCCUGUCCUGUUCCUCUCUGGCUUCCUCACUGAUGUCCGUGAGAUGCAGGAGGCCCAAGCCCGCACCCGUGCCCGCACACAAGCCCGUGAACAAGACCGUGCCCAUGCCUGUCCUGCUGUGGAGGAAAUACCGAUGAGCGUCUGGAAUGUUCCCCUACCUGGUCAUGGUGCAGCUGGCCAACCUGAGCAUGUCUCUGGCCACCCCAAGCCAGCCUCUGACCAUUCCAGGUCUGCCUCUGCCCGCCGCAAAUCUGUGUCUGCUUACCAUAAGUCUGUCUUUAGCCACUCCAAGCCUGCCUCUGCUCACCCUAAGUCUGCCUCGGGCCAGUCCAAGUCUGCCACUGUCUGUCCCAAACCCGCCUCUGUCCAUUUCAAUCCUUCCUCUGUCUAUUUCAAGCCUUCCUCCAGCCACCCCCAGCCUGUCACUGGUCCCUCCAAGACUGCCAUCGGCCCUGCCACCAGCUUCCCUAAACCCACCACUGGCCACACUCAGCGUGCUACCAUUCACUCUGAGCCCACCACUCCUGACUAUCUCGAGCCCAUCGCCACCAGCCACCCUAAGCCUGUCAUCGUCAGCCGUUCUGAGCUUGCAGCCUCCUGCCACCUAGAGUGUGACAUCUUUGACCUCUCUGACCCGACCUCCAGCCCUGCCAGUGGCUCCUCCGACUCUGCUGCCAGCUUGCUGGACCCUACCGCUGCUGCUGCUGCCACUGCUGACCCCAGCGUGGUCACCACUGAUUACCAUGAGGUUGUGCUUAUUGAUGUUGAUGCUGAUUCUGAUGAAAUGGCUGUGUAA